CAGUAAAUCUAUAAAGGUGUGUAGGCUGACUACACAGGUAUCCUGGACCUUAGACUGGAGUGGAAACACAACCUGUCAGGAUUAAACACACGGAGGCCUAACAUGCGCCAGGAGGUUUGAAUCAACACGGUCUACACCUGAGAGUCACACCUACCUGUCGGACUACGACGACACCGGCAUGUUCCCAAGCUCACCGCCGGCCAGACACCCAAUAACUCAGACUCUGUCCAUGAACAGCCAGUACAUGCCGCCUGCGUAUGACUUAACCGGCGGGUACCAUCACGCCCCGGGAGUCGGAGACCCGUCGACCACCGCCUGGAACUCCAUCUACGCUCCCCGGGAGGAGUAUCCCUACUGCUUCCCGGGGUCAAGCCCCAGCAGUGGCGGGCAGGUGAGUUUCACCUCCCUGGACCUGAGUGGGGCCCCCACGACAGCUGGAGGGGGGCCAUUCACCCCGUACAACUUCAUCUCUGGACAGGAGACGUUCACCUGCAGGAGGAGGGCACCCGAACCUAUCAGACCGUCUGUCUCAGGUGGGAAGACUCGCACAAAGGACAAGUACAGAGUGGUGUACACUGAUCACCAACGUCUGGAGCUGGAAAAGGAGUUCCAGUACAACCGCUACAUCACCAUGAGGAGGAAGACUGAGCUUUCAAUGGUACUGGACCUCUCUGAGAGACAGGUGAAGAUCUGGUUUCAGAACAGACGUGCCAAAGAGAGGAAAAUCAACAGGAAGAAGCUGCAGCAUUCCCAGCAGGCCUCCACAACUACACCCACCCCGCCUGCACUCGGUGGACCCACUGACGCCCACAUCACCACCAGCCCCAGCAGUAACAUUCUGUCUGAUGCAAUAUCAGAGGAGUUUUAGGUGGAUUUCACAUGAAGACUAUUUUUGUGUGUUUUAGUAAGUUUACUACGAGAAUGAAAAGAAGAUGAUUCACAUCAGCACGGCGUCAUUAUGCUGCACCUUGUGUCUUUCGCAACAGCCAGCGCAACUUAUCUUUUCUAGCGAUCAGCUCGACUUCACGUUUGUUCACCACAGAACUUCAACUUCUACUAAAGUAUUGGUAAAGUGGAGUGUGAAAUAGCAGUUUCAGAAGUUCCUUUUUUAAUGUAAAGGGAUGUUAAUGGUUAACACACUAAACAAGGCAUAUGCAAUAUGACGACCAAAAGAGGAAUCAUGUGAAUGUUUUUGUUCAAACCACAAAACGGGUAAGCAGUUGAAGAGUACAAAUCACAACUGCAGAUUCUACCAUUCGACAGUUAAUUCCAAUGCUCAAUAACUUUAAUGUUCUUUCUGUCGAAAUAUAAGAGAUCGUUUUGAGAAAAGAAGGCAGCUAUUUACACUGUA